AUGGUCGUAGUCGCUCCGGAUAAGCUGGUGACGCUGCAGCGCUCGCCUGAAACCAUAAGAAACGUUCGCCUGCCGUUCCCGCCCCAUGUCGACCAUGGCAAAACCUCGCUCACUGAUGCCCUGAUUGCCACGAACGGCAUCAUCUCCCCCAAGCUCGCUGGCAAGAUUAGAUACCUAGACUCAAGACCCGAUGAGCAACUGCGCGGCAUCACCAUGGAGUCGUCCGCCAUCUCCCUGUACUUCUCGCUGCUACGCCGGUCGGCGCCAGACGCACAGCCGGAACAAAAGGAGUUUUUGAUCAACCUCAUAGACUCGCCCGGACACAUAGACUUCAGCUACGAAGUCUCUACAGCAUCACGCCUCUGCGAUGGCGCCGUUGUGCUCGUAGACGCCGUGGAAGGCGUGUGUAGUCAGACAGUCACCGUGCUGCGGCAGACAUGGAUCGAGAAACUGAAGCCUUUGCUCGUCAUUAACAAAAUGGAUCGGCUAAUCACUGAACUCAAAAUGAGCCCAGGGGAAGCAUACACACGUCUGAGCAAGCUACUCGAGCAGGUAAACGCAGUCAUGGGCAGCUUCUACCAAGGGGAGCGCAUGGAGGAAGAUGCCCGUUGGCGUGAAAAAAUGGAAGAGCGAUUGAAUGCUGCAGCGGAAGGGAAAACAGACUCUCGUGAAACUCGCGUCUCCGCUCUCAUGGACAGCGCCGAGGGUAUUGACACGACCAGCACACCCGCCGAGUACGAAGAAAAGGACGACCAAGACAUCUACUUUGCCCCAGAGAAGAACAAUGUCAUCUUCGGCAGCGCCAUCGAUGGCUGGGCCUUUACCGUGAAGCAGUUCGCGGGCUUGUAUGAGCGAAAGCUAGGUAUCAAGCGCUCCGUACUGGAAAAAGUCCUUUGGGGUGACUUCUACCUGGAUACCAAGACGAAGCGCGUGCUCAGUUCCAAGCAUCUCAAAGGCCGCCACCUCAAGCCCAUGUUUGUUCAACUAGUUCUGGACAACAUAUGGGCUAUUUACGAGGCUACCACUGGAGGUAACAAUGGGAAGGGAGAUCCCGCCAUGGUGGAAAAGAUUACCAAGUCUCUCAAUAUCACUCUCCCAGCCCACAUUAUGCGAUCGCGCGACCCUCGUGCCCUGUUAAUGGCACUCUUCGCCGCAUGGUUACCGCUAUCGACUGCCCUUCUCGUGUCCGUCACCGAGUAUCUCCCUCCACCCACAAAGGCACAGGCUGAGCGUAUUCCUGAGAUUCUCGACUCCUCUCCGGGCGCCGACUAUGUUGCUCCAGAAGUACGCGAUGCAAUGACCGGCUUCAAGACGGGAGACGACGCCCCUGUUGUAGCUUAUGUCAGCAAGAUGAUCUCUGUGCCCGAGAGCGAGCUCCCACAAAAUAAGCGUCGUGGAGGAGCAUUGACGGCCGAAGAAGCUAGAGAAAUGGGACGAAAGAAGCGUGCAGAAAUCGCACGACAGCAAGCCGCCAACUCGGAGGAUGCAGAUCUCAAUAGUGUUACGGAUGCUCUUGGUGCUACUGCCAUUGGCGAGACGGAGACGCCUGAAGAAGAAACACCAGAUGACAAGGGUGAAGUGGAACAUCUCAUCGGCUUUGCACGCAUCUUCUCUGGUACCUUGAGUGUGGGUGAUGAGGUCUAUGUGCUCGGUCCCAAGUUCACACCUGCGAAUCCACAUGCUGCGCCAGAGCCACAGAAGGUCAAGGUCACAGCACUGUACCUCAUGAUGGGCCGCGGUCUCGAGCCAUUGACAUCCGUACCUGCUGGUGUGGUAUUUGGUAUUGGUGGGCUGGAAGGACGCAUGCUCAAAUCCGGUACACUAUGCUCACAGCUAUCUGGCUCUCCUAAUCUAGCUGGUGUACAGAUGGGUACACAGCCCAUUGUCCGCGUUGCUCUCGAACCUGAGAACCCCUACGAUCUCGACAAGAUGAUCAAAGGCCUCCAGCUUCUCGUACAAAGUGACCCAUGCGCCGAGUACGAGCAGCUGCCGAGUGGGGAGCACGUCAUUCUCACUGCGGGCGAAUUGCAUCUCGAGCGAUGUCUCAAAGAUCUUCGCGAACGUUUUGCCAAGUGUGAAAUCCAGGCUGGUGAACCCAUCGUACCUUAUCGAGAGUCAAUAGUCGCCGCAGCCGAAAUGAACCCGCCAAAGGAUGCAACUCUACCGCGAGGAACUGUGAUCGGCGAGACAGCCAGCAAACACGUCUCUGUGCGUCUUCGCGUACGUCCGCUUCCAGCCAGUGUCACUGGGUUUCUUAGCAAGAAUGCAGGCGCGAUACGAAGGUUAUAUUCCGAGCGGCGAGGGGAGGAGGAACACAAUUCGCCGAAUGUGAUUGCCGGCGCUGAACACGAUGGCAUGCAGGAAGCCGAGCAACGCGAAGUCGGGCAUGCACUUGAUUUCACAGAGUUCAAGAAGCAACUGAAGGAUGCCUUUGCAGAGGCAAAGGGGCAAAAGGAAACUUGGGCAGAUGUGAUUGAGAAGAUCACAGCGUUUGGGCCUAGGAGAGUAGGACCGAAUAUUCUGGUGGAUGCAACCAAGGCUGGAAUAUGUGGGAAAGCUCUCCGCGACAAUGUUAGCCCGCCCCAAGACCCCGACGCAGAACCCCCCUCGGAUCGCAUCCUCACCCCCUCAACUUUCGCUUCGACAAUCACAUAUGCGUUUCAGCUCGCUACUGCCCAGGGCCCUUGCUGUGCUGAACCCGUCCAAGGCAUCGCUGUUUUCCUCGAAGACGUAACACUCAACAUACCUGAUAAUGAAUCCGCUCAUGAUCGCGGCAGGCUGACAGGUGAAGUCAUCAAAGCCGUGCGAUCGAGUAUCCACCAAGGCUUCCUAGAUUGGUCGCCCCGCAUCCUCCUCGCCAUGUAUUCGUGUGAGAUUCAAGCCUCAACAGAUGUCUUGGGCCGCGUCUACGCCGUCUUAACACGACGUCGCGGCACUAUCCUGUCAGAGACGCUGUCCAGCACUUCCUCGGCCUCGACAACUGGUAACCAAACCUUCACCAUUUCUGCCCUGUUACCCGUAGCAGAGUCUUUUGGCUUCAGCGAUGAAAUCAGAAAAAGAAGUUCUGGAUCAGCUAGUCCGCAGUUGCGCUUUGCCGGCUUUGAGAUGCUGGACGAAGAUCCGUUUUGGGUUCCGUUUACAGAGGAUGAGUUGGAGGAUUUGGGCGAGUUGGCCGAUAGGGAGAACGUGGCGAGGCGGUAUGUGGAUAAGGUUAGGAGGAGAAAAGGCUUAUUGGUUAGGGAGGUGCUGGAGACUAUUGGAUUCCAGGACAAACUACUAGCCGUCAAAGUUGCAGUGACAUGCACAUUUUCUUUUCUCUUCCGUACUGUCUCCCGGCAAAUAGACAUGUUCAUACCAAAAGUUCACAAGGUUGUCGUCUCAACUCGACAAUUACCCGUCGACGUCAUGGGUAUUCCGCAAUUACGAGAGGAUAUUGAGAGGUGUGAAGAGAUUGUUCCUCUCACCAAAUUGGCCGAGGAUCAUUUCAACAACGAGAGCACAAAGGCGCAGCCUUUCAAAGUCGCUAUUGAUGCGGCGGAUUGGCAAUUCAACUGCGUCAGCCCAGAACAAGUGUUUCGCAUCCGUCAAGGCGAGCCUGCGGCCAAUCCUGUCGAAAAGGAGAUAUUUCGACGAUUAUGCAGGCUUUUGACCUGGAAUAUUCGCCCAGUAUAUGUAUUUGACGGACCGGACGUUCCACCUAAACAUGGCAGGCCUGCAGGAAGAACAGUGAAAUACAAAGAGCGGAUUCUGCUCAAAGAGAUCCUCGACGGGCUUGGAGUACCCUAUGUCGAGGCACCAGGGGAGGCUGAAGCCGAAUGUUGCCGUCUACAAGUUCUGAAACUAGUGGAUGCCGUGUGGUCAGCGGACUCUGAUUGCCUCAUGUUCGGCUGCACGCUGUGGAUUCGCGACUUUCGAAUAGGCAAAGACACAGCAAGCGUGACAAAGCGCAAAGGUGAAACUCGAAAAGAUGAUAAACUGGUCCGAGUUGUUCGCGCCGAGAGGCUUCAAACCGAGUGCCGACUCAAGCGCGAGGGAUGUGUUUUGUUCGCCAUGAUGGCAGGCGGCGACUACGAUACCAAGGGACUUGUUGGAUGCGGUGCAGUGACUGCUCUGAUAGCAGCCCAGUCUGGUCUGGGUAUCAGUUUGUGCAGAGUGCAGAGCCAAGAAGAGUGCAAGGAAUGGAGGGAUCACGUUCUCCUCCCCUUCUUUAAAAGAAAGGCGAUAGAGAUAUAUGUCCCGGAAGACUACCCACGCUUUGAAACGCUACGCUGUUACAACAGUCCAACAACGCAUCCUGACGACUAUCUCCAGGAACACGCUGCUCGACAUAUGCAGUAUGAAAUGUCCGUUCGAGAACAUGAACUGCUGCAGGUUGCCGUACCAAGACUAAACUUGACGAGAGUACCGUAUCUCAAAAACAUAGGCCCCGUCCUCCUCUCUCAGCGCUUAUCUAGUGGCGUCGAAGUAUCAGAACUCGGGCAUGAACUUGAUGUCAAGCUUGUCCAGACGAGAACGAAGCCCUCGCCACAAGGGCAGAUACUUCCAGUGUUUGCACGCAAGCUUAUAUUUUGCCCAAACAGCCUCACCAGUAUCAACCCAGCAAGAUUUGAAAAUUGGCUACCCUUCAAGGAGAAGAACCGGUCUGCUCCGUACGAUCCGGCAUUCCGCGUCACCUGCGAACUUCCAAUCUCUCUUCUACGGAAACUACCUGCGGAUGUACUGGAACCCAGGAAGACCUCGAAGCGGAAAAUUCUGGGAGAAUGCGAUUCUAGGCUUGGUGAAAAUCAAGCUACCAAGAAAACGAAGAAGGCACCUGUGGUCUCAGACAAAAGCUCUACAACGCCUCAGCUAUCUCCACGGCCCAAGACAGGUUUCGCUUCGACACCUGCUCCCAAGGUUCUACCUUUGGCAGUCCGAAAACCAACGAGCCCGGCGUUCCUGGACCCAAGUCGCGAGAUUGUUGUACUUUCUGAUUCGGACGAUGAUUCAGAGUUGCGUCUUCCAUCGAAGAGAACCUCAUGA